CCACAUGACAGGUUAAUAGCUUUCUUUUUCUGCUCUUGGCAAUGUUUCCAAACCCCAGCACGUCCACUCCUUUCUCUGUAAAGGAUAUAUUAAACUUGGAGCAGAGUCACGACGUGAUGGUGUCUUCCCUGGACGUUUCUUCUCGUAUGGACUGCUGCACCGUCCCGACCUCCUCUUCUUCCACCUCCUCCUCCUCUUCCUCCUGCAUGCUGGCCCGCCUGAAGCAGGAGCCUCUCCGGGACAUGUCCGCCGCCGCUGCCUCGCUGUUUGGAGAGGAUCUCCAUGAGUCCAGAGCCGGCAGAGGCAAUGCGCUCAACUUUGCUACUGCCUUUUAUGGGAAAUCACUCAUGGAGAUGGAUAUAGUGAAGGACGGGAAAUCAGACGCGUUUGAGGGGAAACGCAGAAAAGAGGAGUUCAGCCCUCACACCGAACCUGCAGAGGACAUAAAACCCGAGGACCCGGACCGACCCAAGCCCCGGAGGCGCAGGAAGCCCCGCGUCCUCUUCUCCCAGGCGCAGGUGUACGAGCUGGAGCGCCGCUUCAAGCAGCAGAGAUACCUGUCGGCCCCGGAGAGAGACCACUUAGCCGGGGUGCUCAAACUCACCCCGACCCAGGUGAAGAUCUGGUUCCAGAACAGGAGGUACAAAUGCAAGCGGCAGAGGCAGGACCAGAGCCUGGAGAUGGUGUCUCUGCCGCCGCCCAGGAGGGUGUCGGUGCCGGUGCUGGUGCGGGAUGGGAAGCCUUGCCUGGCGGGGGACACAGCCACUUACAACCCCUCCUACAGUAUGGGUCACAUCAACCAUUUCACUUAUAACAACUACCCGGCUUUCAGUAACUACACCAGCCCCGGCUGCAACACAAACUAUGCGUGUAAUUAUCCCGCAGCCACAAUGCAAACUAUGCAGGGAUCCUCCAACAACGGGAGCUACAUGAACUUUGGGGUAGGGGACCUGAAUAACGUGCAGAGCACAUUUCCCUCCAGUAAUGGGGUGUCUUCGUUACAUGGCAUUAGGACGUGGUAAACUCAAUAUCAAAUACUCGUGUUACAUAUUCAGUUAUUAUUUUAUGAAUGCAUGCAUUUUUAAAUGUGUCAAGACUUUGCGGAGUUUGUGUAACUUCUCUUAUAUUUAAUUAGGCUAUUUAGUUUGGGGAGUUUUUGUUUUCAGCACCGGCUUUUGCCUGAAUAGGUUACAUUUUUAUUUAUUUCCCUGAUAUUAGCGAGCAGACACGGCAUUUGAGCGAAAAAAGCUGCAGCCACAGUUCUUGAAAUGUUAUUCUAAAAUUUGCCCGACCAUUUUGUAAAAUGUUCAUUUUGUUUUUUUGUUUUUCUGAUACAAUAUUUAUAAGUAUUAAAAAAAAAAAAUAAUCAGACAAUAUUUUAGAUGACCAAAGAUGAAAAAUAGGCUAG